AUAAACUAGAGAUAAAAAGAUAAGAAUGGAAAGAGAGAUGAGCACUAGUGUUUCUCUAUUCAAAACAUAUGGAGCAAAGGGAAGGACGCUCUACAAGCUCUAUGCAGGCUUUAUGCUCCUGUGUAUCUUAUCUAUAUUGUUCUAUAGACUCACUCACAUCCCUUUAGAACAUUAUAGUUUGACAUUUGCAUGGAUUUCAUUGUUUGCAUCCGAACUAUGGUUUUCUUUCUAUUGGAUUCUAACUCAAUCCGUUCGUUGGAAUCCAAUUUAUCAUCAAACCUUCAAAGAAAGACUCUUGCAAAGACAUGGGAACGAACUUCCCAUGGUUGAUAUUUUCAUUUGCACUGCCGAUCCGGUUGCCGAGCCGCCGAGUUUAGUGAUGUCAACAGUGUUAUCAAUGAUGGCUUAUGAUUAUCCAAAAGAGAAAUUGAGUGUGUAUCUUUCAGAUGAUGCUGGUUCAGAGCUUACUUUUUAUGCUCUAUGUGAAGCAUGCAAGUUUGCAAAGCAUUGGAUUCCAUUUUGCAACAAGUUUGAUGUUGAACCAAGGUCACCAAAUGCAUUUUUCUUCAAGGCUUGUCAUUUCUCUUCUUCCGACCUGUCUAUCUCUAAGGAGUGGUCCCAAAUGAAGGACAUGUAUGAAAAGAUGAUCAAUAGGAUUGAUUUUGUUGUUACAAAAGGCAAUGUUCCUCAAGAACUCAAGAAACAUCAAGGAUUUUACAAAUGGACUUCAAACAUGACUUCAAACAAUCAUGAUGCCAUAAUUCAGAUUUUAGUUGAUGGAAAUGGUGAAAUUUCAGUUGAUAUUGAGAAAAAUUUGUUGCCAAGGGUAAUUUACAUGGCAAGGGAGAAGAGACCUCAACAUCAUCAUAACUUCAAAGCGGGCUCUAUGAAUGCUUUGUUAAGGGUGUCAUCAAAGAUAAGCAAUGGCCCAAUAAUACUGAAUGUUGAUUGUGACAUGUACUCUAACAAUUCACAAUCAAUUAAAGAAGCAUUAUGCUUCUUUCUUGAUGAAGAGAAGGGACAUGAAACUGGUUUUGUCCAAUAUCCUCAAUAUUUUGACAACAUCAGUAAGAAUGAUUUGUAUGAUAACUCCCUCAAUGUCCUCAACAAGAUUGAUCUUCUUGGAUUGGAAAGUUGGGGAGGGACAGCAUAUAUGGGAACAGGGUGUUUCCACAGAAGAGAAGCUCUUCAAGGGAGGAAAUAUAGCAAAGAUUACAUUGAAGAUUGGAAGAAAGAUAUAACAAGUGUGGAGAAUGCUACGGUUUUGGAAGAGAAAGUAAAACAUCUUGCUAGUUGCACCUUUGAGCACAACACUCUGUGGGGCAAAGAGGUAUCCCUUAUCACCCCUAUUCUAUUCUAAUUCUAUUAUAUUAUAUUCC